GAAGGGUGUCGCCCAGAUUUCGAAUAAACAUCCAGCCGCUCAGCUCUCAUAAAUAGACCAUUUUCAAUUCUUAAGAGUCCAUUCCACAGUCACGUCGUCUUUACUGAGGCAGAGGUACACACUGAGAAUGGCAGCAACUAAAGCCCGUAGCGUCCUGAUCACAGGAGCAAACCGAGGCCUGGGGCUGGAGAUGGUCAAACAGAUGAUGGAGGCUCCACAGCCUGUCCGCCAGUUGUUCGCCUGCUGCAGAGACCCAGAGGGUCCCAAAGCUGAGAAUCUCCGAAACCUGGCCAAGAAGCACCCUAAAAUCAUCUCCGUCAUUCGUCUAGACGCCACGGACCCCUGCAGCAUUAAGGAGUCUGCCCAGCGGGUGGGCUCCCUGCUGGGAAAGGAGGGGCUCAACAUGCUGGUGAACAACGCGGGGGUCUUGCCCCAUGGCACCAUACAGUCCACCAGCUCUGAAGACAUGCAGUCUGCCUUCAACACCAAUGUGAUGGGCCCCAUGAACAUUACUAAAGCGUUUCUGCCCUAUCUACGGACAGCAGCCAAAGCCAGUGGGAAGCCAGGGAUGUCCUGCAGCCAGGCAGCUGUUAUCAACAUUUCCACUGUGUUGGCAUCCAUGGCUUCUGUUGGAGAAACGUACUCAUUCUUCCCCGCCUUCGCCUAUCGCAUCAGCAAGGCAGGUUUGAACAUGCUGACCAUGUGUGCAGUGGAGGAGUUCAGGAAGGAUGGGAUUCUGUUUGUUAACUUGCACCCUGGCUGGGUUCGCACAGACAUGGGAGGAGAGGGGGGGGAGAUAGACGCACCAGAAAGUGUGGAGGGACUUCUGCGCGUGAUGGAGUCCCUCUCUGAGAAGCAGAACGGAGCCUUCAUGGACCAUAAAGGCAAAGUCCUGCCCUGGUGA